ACUUUGAAAACCCCAAACCGGAAGUAGUGAGAUACGGAUGCGCUGUGGCUACCACACGGGCGUCCGCCAUGGCUGAGACCCACAGCUUACAGGACCUCCAGCAGCCAGCUGUGUCCUCCAAGGUCUUCAUCCAGAGAGACUACAGCUCAGGAACAAUAUGCAAGUUCCAGACCAAGUUCCCCUCCGAGCUUGAGUCGAGGCUUGAUAAGCAGCAGUUUGAGGAGACCAUGCAGACACUGAACAACCUAUAUGCUGAGGCAGAGAAGCUUGGGGGGAAAUCUUAUCUGGAAGGCUGCUUGGCUUGCCUGACUGCCUAUACCAUCUUCCUCUGUAUGGAGACGCACUAUGAAAAGGUGUUAAAGAAGAUUGCCAGAUACAUAAAGGACCAGAAUGAGAAGAUUUAUGCUCCCAGAGGCUUACUGCUGACUGACCCCAUAGAGAGAGGCCUCAGAGUCGUUGAAAUCACCAUCUUUGAAGACAGAACUAUCAGCUCUGGAAGAUAAAACAUUUUUUUUCUGAUGCAACGACGUGUGAAUUGCCUUCCAUACUCCUGAGGGUCCGAUGAGUGUGUUCCCAUUUUAACAUGCAAAUGAAAUGGCAAAAAUGGCAUCCUUCCCUCAAAAGAGAGAAAAGCAUAAAAAACAACAGUUGUGAUCAGUAGUUGCAGGACAAAUCGACAGGAAUGAACUGAAAUACACUUUGCAUUCAGCAUUUUUCUAUUUUGGAACACGAUUUAGCUCUAUUUCCUACUUCGGUUUAUAGCCUGGUGUCUGAUCAGAUACUCCCCAUCUAAACAUAAACCUCAACCUUAGAAAUAUAAUUUCAAUGUGAUCCUUUUUUUCUUGUGAUUUAAAUACCCCUUUGUUUACUGCUUUGUUUCUACAUUCCUGUUCUCAUCUUUUUAUACUCAGGAUGUGUGACUUUAUAAAAUGUGCCAUUUUGUUCAUUGCCUCCUCCAUGUCGGUUUUGAUAGCGUAAACAUACAGAUUGUGUUUAGAUUUUAGAGCCAAUUUGUGAACACAACAGUCAUUUGAUGGCUUCAACCAUGGCUUAACCCGUGUUUCCUUUGUGUGAAAGAAUGUAAGGGUUUGUUUUCAGGGGUUGAAGGCAGAGCAUAUUUACCAAGUCAUUUAUGUGGCAUCAUACUAGACUUAUCAUAUCCAACUGCAUUAUACGUCACGAGUACCACCAUAUUAUUCAUUAGCAUUAACCAGCGUAGUCAGUUAGGAAGCUCCAUGGCACAUCGUUGCCAUUUUGUUUGUUGGAUACUUGUCCAUGAUUGUCAUGUUUUAUUUAAAUAAAUUGAAUUAAGCUGA